CCCAUUCAGGAAAAUACAACAAAGUUUUAGACGUCGCCACCGAUACUGGUCAUGUCGCCUACGCUCUCACCUCUAAAUUUGCACAAGUACAUGCUACCGAUCUCUCCCGAAUCAUGCUCUCUAAUGCGCUACACACUCCAAAUAUUCGUUAUUCGGUUUCGACCGCAGAUCUUUCACAAUUUCUAUCUUCAAUGUUUGACCUUGUUACCAUUGGACAGGCAGCGCAUUGGUUUAGAAUCCAAGAAUUUUUUAACGAGGCGAAUAUAAUUUUGAUACCAAAUGGUACAUUGGAGAAUGCUUCGAAGUUUAGUGAUGGGCAUGGGGGUGAUGAGUUAGGAAAAUGCUGGGAGGAUGGAAGGCAGGUGAUGAAUGAUUUGAACCAAUCGUUCAUAUUAUCAGAGACCUUAUUCAAGGACAUUAAAGUGCAGAGGAAGGAAAAGGAAAUGAAGAGUUGA